GGUAGUGAGCUUGUGCUAUUUCUACGACCGUGAGUGCCAAACUUUAGAGGAACUACAUCUCCCAGAAUCCAUUGGGCAAUUGCCGUAUUCAAUCGUAUAGUGUCGCAAACCACACUUACUUUCUCAUGUUGCCUACAAGCAAGGACAAUUUCUUAAAUGUUAGCUAAACUAAUCAAAGUAUGGAAGUCACUGCAGCCAGGUCAACAUUUUAUGGAGAUAUAGGUCAUUGGGCUGACCGAACGCCGGUACAUGAGGCUGCGUCUCUGGGUCGAGCUCUGCAGUUAAAUAAGCUGAUAGAAGCAGGAGCAUCAGUGAAUAUAGUGACUGUGGACAACUUCACUCCUCUGCAUGAUGCCUGUAUCCAGGGGCACCCAAACUGUGUUAAAAUAUUGUUGAUGGCUGGAGCUCAGGUGGAUGUACGUACCAUCCAUGGCAGUACUCCUCUGUGUCACGCCUGUGCUGCUGGCUGCAUAGAAAGUGUCAAACUGCUGGUGGAUCACGGAGCGUCUGUCAACCCAUCCCUGACAGCCCUCACAGCUUCACCCCUCCAUGAGGCCUGCAUACGAGGUAAUCCAGACUGUGUGAAGCAUAUGAUAGCUAAAGGAGCACUGCUGGAGGCCUUUGACAUUUACUUUGGGACCCCGUUACAUGCUGCUUGUGCUAAAGCACAUCUGGAUUGUUCCUUACUGUUGCUUAAUGCUGGUGCAAAGGUAAACGCCACCAAGUUCCAUGAGACGGCACUGCACCAUGCAGCGAGAGCAGAGAGAGAAGACCUGGUGGAACUGUUGGUGGAGUUUGGUGGUGAUGUCAAUAUAAGUGAUAACUUGGACCACAAGCCAAGAGACUACACAAAACCAGGCUCACCCACUAAUCUCAGUCUGUUGCACUAUGAGAGUAAUCCUCUGUCUCUACUGCAGUUAUGCCGUAUCGUCCUAAGGACUGUGCUGGGCACCAGAGCUCUUGAACUGAUCCCCAAACUGGACAUUUCACCAUGCAUCAUUAAUUAUCUCACUUAUAAAUCAUAAAUCAAUCCCCAAACUUAUAUUUGAUUAUUUAACCCUUCCUUGGUCAAUCAAGUUCCAUUGUAGACCUCACCGGGUCAAAUGGACCUGGCAUUUUUAAUUACAACUCAACAUCCAAAUUAAUGCAUUUUUCAACACCUGAAUCAUAAUAAAUCUUUAAUCCUACUUAUUACUAAUUUGCUAGUGCAUAUUUCAGUCAUUUUUGGUGGUCAAAAACAAUGAGUCAUAAUCUUUCUCUCAUAAGAAACUUUUAUUAUAAUUUAUUCUGUUUUUUCUCUUUUUUUUUUUUUUUUUUUUUUUAAGAAUAUGUCUUUUAUGUAUAAUUAAAUCUAAAAUGGGUCAAAUUGACCCAGGAGGUCCUUCAAGCCUUAAGGUCUUGAUAGGCUGCAGUUUGUGUGGUCUUUGUUUUUGUGGUUAUGUUUGUAACUAAAGCAAAAUAGUAACAGAAACCUCUUCAUGUGAAUAUGCUCUUAAUUUGUGUUAUGUUGAGUUUUUUUAAAACCAUAAGCAAUUUUUGAGAUGUAAGUGGAAUUUUGUUGUCUUAAAGGUUGUUUUUUUUCUUCUAAAAUACUAUAUUCUUUCCUGUUUAAUGUGCAAAGAAAGCUAUAAAUAAACCAUUUGUA